UCAUUCUAAGGAGAAACCCUAAUUUUACAUCAGUCGCGAGUUGUGCCUUCCACUAUAUCUUAGGUUUAGGGUUUUCAUUGGGGAGUGUUGAGCGAUUUCUUCAUCUCCUGCUCUACUACUUUUGCUGUUGCAGCUGAGGUUCUUCUACUUGCAGUAAUCAUGGGUAAGACACGUGGAAUGGGAGCUGGUCGCAAGCUCAAGUCUCACCGUAGAAGACAAAGAUGGGCUGACAAGUCAUACAAGAAGUCCCAUCUUGGUAAUGAAUGGAAGAAGCCUUUUGCCGGUUCUUCCCAUGCCAAGGGUAUUGUUCUAGAAAAGAUAGGUAUUGAAGCUAAGCAGCCGAACUCUGCUAUCCGUAAGUGUGCUCGUGUUCAAUUGAUUAAGAACGGGAAGAAGAUUGCUGCUUUCGUUCCCAACGAUGGUUGCUUAAACUACAUUGAAGAAAACGAUGAGGUUUUGAUCGCCGGAUUUGGACGUAAGGGGCAUGCUGUGGGAGAUAUUCCUGGAGUCAGGUUCAAGGUUGUGAAAGUGUCAGGAGUUUCACUUUUGGCUCUCUUCAAGGAGAAGAAAGAGAAGCCAAGAUCUUAAUUACACUCGGCGGUGUUUAGAGAUUUGCCGAUGUACCUCUUGGUUUAUUAUUUGAAUGUUUUCUGGAGUACUUUGGAUUUCAGUAGUUGAUAGUGAAUUGCGUGAUGAAGUAAUUUAUGUUUUGCAGCUGCUAUUAUAUGAAUUUUUUUGGAUCCUCUUUUGUGCAAUAUAUUUUGUUUUGAAACUGAUAUGAUGUCCGGCGAGCUGCACCUUCAGCAUUCUUGGUUUAAAUAUUUCUUAUUUCUUUG